AUGGCACAGGCUAUGGACUCUAUGACCAAGACGAGCGCUCCUUUGGCUGCAGCUCCUAUCGUCCGAGAUCUCAGUCCUUUAUUUGUUCAAUUAUUGAAUGAUACAAAUCCUUCACUAAUUCGAAAAUCAUUGGAAUGUCUUCGCAAUUUUUCUCAGUCAUUAAUGGAUGAUGAAUCGAACAUUAUUCGAUCAUUCAGAUAUUUAAAAGAUAAAGUACAGCAAGGUGGUGAUACUGAUGAUGAUGCAUCGCUUAUCUCUUUAAUCGUCGUCACAUUGAUUAUUCCAUGUUAUCGAUUCUAUUCGACUCACGACAUAUUUGCAUUACAUUUUUUUCAACUGUUUGAUUUAUUAUUAUCACAUCCUUCAGUAUCAAAACAUGAAAAUCAUCGAUUUUCAAUUGCUGUGAUUAUUUCACGUACAAAUCUCUAUCCACCAAAAUCAGUCAUUACAACAAUCGAUAAAUGGACAACAAAAAUGUGGCUCGGAAAACUAAUCGGCCAGAAUCCUACAACAAAUAAGAUGCGUUAUCAAUCGGAAAAACCAUUUCCAUUUGCACCCGAUUCACAAAUAUGCAAUAUAUUAUGUGACAAUACCAAAUAUCCUAUUGAUAUUACAAAUCAAUUUGAUUUAUUCAUUGAAAAAGCAAGACAACAUCAACACACAAAUGCUGAUGAAUUAAUCACUCUACAAAAUAUUUUAAAUCAAUUAUUUCGUUGUCAAUUUAUUCUACAAACAUUUUUAAAUGCUGAUCAAUGUCUAUCAUUGAUGUUAUCAUUUGCUGUACAACGUCAACGAAUAAUUGACGUACAAAUUACCGAUAAAAAUAAUUUACAAGCUCAAACACAAUUAGAAUCGAUAAAAAACCAAAUGAUAAAUCAAUUCGAUUAUCUGCCGAAUGUAAACAAUCGUGAUUUCAAAUUUAUUCAAAGUGAAUGUAAAAUUAAAUGGACAGAUGGUAAAGAAUUUAUCUAUUCAAGUAAUACUAUCCAUUCACGACCAUCAUUUUUAUCACCCCUAUCAAAACUAUUACAGUAUGCAUAUGUUCAACAGCAAGAUGAUAGCGAUACUGAUGCAAAAGGUCUUUGGAAUUUAUUAUUACAUACAAUUCAUCAGAUAUUUACAAAACAUUUGGAAACAUCCGAAUCAAAUUAUGAAUUAGCACAAACUGAUAUGAAAGAUUUUUUUCUUUACUUUUUAAAUCAUGAUGACGAACAAAUACGACAGACCGGUAUAAAAUUUGUGACAAUAUUCGUGAAAGAUUUAUCUAUAUCAACAGACACCGAUCUACCACCAUUAAUUUCAUGUGUCAUUAUUAAAAAUCUUUUUCAAUCGAUGAUCAACAAUGAAAAUUUUCUAAUUAAUGAAAUUCUCUUGAAUGGAUGUUUAGAAUCUUCAUUGAAUUGGUCUAUCGAUGAUCUUUGUUUAUUAUUAACAUCUUUAGCUAUGAAAUUAAGUGAAAUUUCAUCAUCAAACAUUGAUUCAUUAGGUCAUCAUCAAGUAUGGUUUCAAUUUUUUGUCGAUAUUAUCAAUAUUAAUCUUAUUCGUUUGACAACAUUAAUAUUAAAAACAAAUCAUAAUUUUAUUGAAUUUUCUCGACAAAUUCAAACAUCAUUAUUUACACGAUUAUUUCAAUUGAAAAGUGAACACACAUUUGAAAUAUUAAAAUUUAUUAUUAAAAAUUGUGAAAAAGAUUGGAUUAAAGUUUUACUAGAAAUUAUCGAUCAACAAUUUCGAUUAAAUCGAUUACAAGAAAAUAUUCAUGAAUUAUUAAAAGAUUCUCGUCAAUAUGCAUUUGAUCAAUGGCAUAUUAAUACAAGUUUUAAUCAUUUACUUUCAUUAAUUAAAUUAAAUCAAGAUAAAAAUCCAUUAUUAUUAUUAGAAUUUCUCUUACUCUUAGAAAAAAUAUUUGAUUUACAAUCGAAACAAAAACCACGUUUAACAAAUAUCGAUAUUUCAAUCACAAUCAAAUCGAUCAUUAAUGUACUUCAUAUAAUAUUUUCAGCAAAACAUUCGAAUCAAUCUGUAUGGAAUUCAAUGUUUUGUCGUCGUUUAUUGUCUUGUACAGUAUCGAUUAUUCUUCAUUUCAUUAAUCAAAUCGAUACGAAAAAAAUAAUCAUUGACACAAUUGAUAUGCAACGAAUUAUACAAUCGACAAUAUUACUUUCAAUUGAUUAUAAAGAAAUGUUACGUUUAUUUAAUUUUGUUCUUCGUUCAAAACAACAAAUUUUGAUUGAAUAUUGGUUCAAACAAUUAUUAACAUUGACAUUUUUAACAAGUGAUAAUUUAAAUGAAGAAGUAAAAGUUAAUAAUAUCCUAUCCAAUGAAGAACAAUCGUCAUUUUAUUUUCAACUAUCAACUCCAAACGAAUUAUUUGGCAUCUAUACUCAUGAACUCAUUCAAAUGUUACAUGAAAAACUUGAACAAGCGAUCAAUUUUCUGUCAUUAUCAACAUUUAAUUUUCUUUCAAUAUUUAUUCAACAAUCUUUACCUUUAUGUAUUCAAUGUUUACUUCAUAAAAAUUCAAAUAUACGAGUAUCCAUAGCUCGUCUUGUUGGUCGUGCAUUAAAUAUGCAAUCGGAUGAUCUUACGAAACUUUUACAAAGUUUACAAGAUCAUGAUAAUGAAGAAAUUCAUAUGACAAUUUCAAAUUCUUUAAAUUUAAUAUACCAAACACUAAUCACACAUCCCCAUAUCCUUCCUAUCCGAUUCGAAAAUACACUAAACAGGUACACAGCA